AAGUACUGUUCCCCAUUUUCAACCACCUUUCAAUCUCUUAAAUUUCCUCCUCUUCACUUCAUAAACAUUCAAUCUUUUUUCAAUUCCAAACACACCCCUCCUUUUCCUAUGGGUACCGAGAUCUCCGAGCCUCUGCUCCUUCCCGUCAGCCCCUCCGACGAAAAAACCGCCGCCGUCGAGUGCGAACACGUCCCAGAAUGGGAGGAGCAGAUCACAAUCCGAGGGCUAGUAGUGAGUGCAAUUUUGGGUACCCUUUUUUGCAUUAUAACACAUAAACUCAAUCUCACCGUCGGAAUUAUCCCGUCGUUGAACGUUGCUGCUGGUUUGCUCGGGUUUUUCUUAGUUAAAUCUUGGGUUGGAGUGUUCUCCAAGUUAGGGUUUAGUGUUGCCCCCUUUACCAAACAGGAGAAUACUGUUAUUCAGACGUGUGUUGUUGCUUGCUAUGGCCUUGCUUUUAGUGGUGGAUUUGGAUCUUAUUUGCUUGCUAUGGAUAAAAAGACUUAUGAUUUGAUUGGUCCUGAUUAUCCUGGUAAUAAGAUUGAGGAUGUUAAGAAUCCUGGAUUGUCUUGGAUGAUUGGGUUUAUGUUUGUUGUUAGUUUCUUGGGACUUUUUAGUCUUGUUCCUCUUCGAAAGGUUAUGGUGAUGGAUUAUAAGCUUACAUAUCCUAGUGGAACUGCCACAGCUAUGUUGAUUAAUAGCUUUCACACUAACACAGGAGCUGAACUUGCAGGGAAACAAGUUUCUUGUCUUGGAAAAUACUUGAGCAUAAGCUUAAUUUGGAGCUGCUUUAAAUGGUUCUUCAGCGGAAUCGGAGACUCAUGUGGAUUUGAUAAUUUUCCCAGCUUGGGGUUGGCACUAUUCAAAAACACGUUUUAUUUUGACUUCAGUCCAACUUAUGUUGGAUGUGGUCUGAUAUGUCCUCACAUAGUGAACACCUCUGUUCUUCUUGGGGCUAUUGUCUCAUGGGGCUUUCUAUGGCCCUUCAUCUCCCAACAUGCUGGGGUCUGGUAUCCAGCUGAUCUCGGUAGCAAUGAUUUUAAGGGUCUUUACGGAUACAAGGUAUUUAUAGCCAUUUCCCUUAUCCUUGGGGACGGACUGUACAAUUUGAUCAAGAUUAUUGCCAUAACAACUAAGGAAAUUUGCAAUAGCACCAAAGAAACCCACCUUCCGAUAGUUGGAGAGAUUCAAGACAAUGAGACUUCCAAGUUGAUACAAGAACAGAAAAAGAAAGACGAGGUAUUUCUGAAAGACAGGCUACCCACUUGGGUUGCAGCUUCUGGAUAUGUGGCACUUGCUGCUAUAUCAACAGCAACAAUUCCGAUGAUCUUUCCACCCCUCAAGUGGUAUUUUGUUUUCAUUUCAUACAUUAUUGCUCCAGCCCUUGCCUUCUGCAACUCCUAUGGCACUGGGCUAACAGACUGGAGUUUGUCAUCAACCUAUGGAAAGAUCGGUCUUUUCAUUAUUGCUUCGUUGGUCGGGACUGAUGGUGGGGUUGUGGCUGGCUUAGCAGCUUGUGGUGUGAUGAUGUCAAUCGUAUCUACAGCAGCUGAUCUGAUGCAGGAUUUCAAGACUGGUUACCUCACUCUAUCGUCAGCCAAGUCGAUGUUUGUGAGCCAAUUGUUGGGCACAGCCAUGGGCUGUGUUAUUGCCCCGUUGACAUUUUGGAUGUAUUGGACUGCCUUCGAUAUUGGCGCACCUGAUGGUGCAUACAAAGCUCCGUAUGCAGUUAUUUUUAGGGAAAUGGCCAUAAUAGGUGUUGAAGGCUUCUCCGAGCUGCCCAAACAUUGCCUCGCCAUGUGUUGUGGAUUCUUUAUAGCUGCUUUAGUCGUAAAUCUUCUUCGGGAUAUGACUCCUGAGAGAAUCUCACAGUUUAUCCCUAUUCCAAUGGCUAUGGCAAUCCCAUUCUAUAUUGGAGCAUAUUUUGCAAUCGACAUGUUCGUUGGGACGGUGAUAUUGUUCAUCUGGGAGAGAAUAAACCGGAAGGAUGCAGAAGAUUACGCUGGAGCAGUGGCAUCGGGUUUGAUAUGCGGUGAUGGAAUCUGGACAAUACCAUCAGCAAUUCUCUCCAUUUUCAGGAUCAACCCACCAAUCUGCAUGUACUUCGGUCCUGCGUCGAGUAGAUGAGCCAGGGUAAUUGCUGUCUCUUCGCUCUGUUGUAAAUAUACAUCAUUUGAACCGUACUCUUCAUUGAAUUCUGUAAAUGGCGGUGUGUUGUAUGUUAGAUUGUUUAUGUUUCGAGCAUGGAUUCUUACAAAAAAAAUAGAAAAAUUGAUUGUUAAAUGUAAAUAAGAAGUCAAAUCUUUUACUGCUGAGUUUAAAAGCAGAAUCCUGAAGCAGUCGUAUCCUGAGUGGGUGGGAUAAUAUUCAUUGAUAUUCUGUGAA